AUGGCGUACACCACCUCCAACUCUGCUGCGGACACCGGCUACUUCGUCGAGUCUGACGAGCCCCGACGCAUCAACGUUAAGGAUGCUGCGAGGAUGCUGGCACGGAACCGACAAGAAAUGAUUGCUAAUGACCUUUCUCGCUUGGCCGCAGAGGAGUAUCUCGAAGAUAUAAUGCAGCAUUUGAGACAUAUGGAGGAUGAGACAUUACCUGAUGCCAACUUGAUCGAUAUGCAACGAGAGAUACAAUGGUUCAUGCGACCGUAUCUGAUCGACUUUCUCAUCGAGGCACACGCCGCUUUCGCGUUACUUCCCGAGACGCUGUUCCUGACCGUCAACCUCCUGGACCGCUACUGCUCGAAGCGGGUAGUAUACAAGCAGCAUUACCAACUCGUGGGGUGUGCUGCCCUCCUGAUCGCUGCCAAGUACGGUGAUAAGAAGGACCGAGUUCCUCAGAUCAACGAGUUGAACAACAUGUGUUGCGGGCUCUACGACUCGGGCAUGUUCACGCAGAUGGAAAUGCAUGUGCUCAACACCCUCGAGUGGACUGUUGGUCACCCGACCGUUGACUUCUUCACCCAACUAAUCGUCGCCGAGGAGGGUGAUGACCGAGAGGUUGAGCACAUGGCCGCCUACAUCUCCGAGAUCGCGUUGUAUCAACGAGACUUCGUGUCGACUAAGCCCUCGAUCAUGGGGCGUGCCUCGCUUGCUCUCGCACGAGCCAUUCUAGGACGCCCCGAGGUCAACGAUGGGGAAUGGGAUCACGUCGCGAAUGCUACUGUUUUGGCACUAUCUCAACACUUGCACCAGCCAUCGCAGAGCCUGUCGCGGAAAUAUACUUCACCGUACUUUUCUCGAGCAUCGGUGAAACUGGCUGAGUUCCUAGCGCACCAAGCGGCCAUCUCGAGACGAGCUCAACAAGCACCGCCGUCGCCCCCGGCAGAGCCAACCCUGUCAUCGAACAACUCCUAUAUCUACAGCACACCUCAGAAGGGAUGUGGUGCGGUUCCCGGCAUGGCUGAAGGCUAUAUGACACCUCCUAUCACUCCUGAAGGCGUGUGCUAUGGCGCGGUGGACCCCAUGAACAGAUACGUCCCCCCUCGCUGUCCAGCCACUCCCACUCCACAGAUUUCCAGUGGGGUUGGAUAUCAAUCACACCACCAAGAGCAGCAAUACGCCCCUUACUCGUACGGAGAAUACAACACUCAGAUGGUAGCAUAA